CAGCUUUCCCUCCACUAUCUCCCUCUCCUCUUCUUAAUUAGCGCCGUUCCUUGUUCAAGCUAUUCUCCCAAAUUCGAUCGGAAGCAAAUGGCGUAUAGGCUUCCGCAUAUCCCAUUAGCGCCAUUCUUCCUAGUUUUGGCUCUGGUUCUCGUGGCAGCAGCCGCAGAAAAGGAACAGCAACAGCCGGUCAAUUUGAGGAAGGAGGAACCGCAGGAGCUGCUGCAGAGCUGGAACAAUAAUUCAUCAAUUUUCAGGGGGGAGAUGCGAAAUGGGCAUGCUGUGGACAACCCGGAGGAGAUUGCUGAGUUAGUGAACGAGAGCAUUAGGAACAGUACGGCGAGAAGGAAGUUGGGAUAUUUAUCUUGUUCCACGGGCAAUCCAAUCGACGACUGCUGGCGAUGCGACCCUUACUGGCAAUCCCACAGGAAACGCCUGGCCAACUGCGCUAUCGGCUUCGGCCGCAACGCCAUCGGUGGCCGAGAUGGCCGGUACUACGUGGUCACGGAUCCUCGUGAUGACGACCCUGUAAAUCCGAGGCCCGGGACUCUCCGCCACGCCGUGAUUCAGGACACCCCGCUGUGGAUAGUGUUCAAUAGAGACAUGGUGAUCACGCUGAAGCAGGAGCUGAUCAUCAACAGUUUCAAGACCAUCGACGGCAGGGGAGCCAACGUCCACAUUGCCAAUGGAGGCUGCAUCACAAUCCAAUUCGUCACCAACGUCAUCAUCCACGGCCUGCACAUCCACGACUGCAAGCCUACUGGAAACGCCAUGGUGCGCAGCUCCCCUGCCCACUACGGAUGGAGGACCAUGGCCGACGGAGAUGGGAUCUCCAUUUUCGGGUCCAGCCACAUCUGGGUCGACCAUAAUUCUCUCUCCAGCUGCGCUGAUGGGCUGGUUGAUGCCGUUAUGGGAUCCACCGCCAUUACCAUUUCAAACAACUACUUCACCCAUCACAAUGAGGUGAUCCUAUUGGGACACAGUGAUUCCUACACGAGGGACAAGCAAAUGCAGGUGACGAUUGCUUACAAUCAUUUUGGGGAAGGACUCAUACAGAGGAUGCCAAGGUGUCGACACGGCUACUUCCAUGUGGUGAACAACGACUACACACAUUGGGCAAUGUACGCAAUUGGCGGGAGUGCGAAUCCCACCAUUAACAGCCAGGGGAACCGAUACCUUGCUCCUGCCAACCCUUUUGCCAAGGAGGUGACAAAGAGAGCGGACACCAACGGUGGGACGUGGAAGAGCUGGAACUGGAGAUCACAAGGGGAUUUGUUUCUGAAUGGGGCAUACUUCAGAACAUCAGGAGCAGGAGCAGGAGCCAGUUACGCCAGAGCUUCCAGCUUAGGAGCAAAGCCAUCAUCCUUGGUUGGCAUGAUGACCUCCACUGCCGGUGCUUUGGCUUGUCGCAGGGGCCGCUCAUGUUGAUUAAACAAAACAAACACCCUAGCUAACGAACAAAAUCAUAUAAUUACACCCUAAGUAACAAAAUUAAAAGAAAACCCAAGUGAGAAAUUCAACUCAAUUUCCCUAUCUCUUCUUCUUAAUUAGUAUAUUUCUCAAUUCGCCACCGUUGUUAAUUAGUACUGUCACCACGAAUGGGAAUGUCAACAACGGUAAAUUAUGGAAAUUCAUUGCACAUCCAACUCGACCCCGACAACAAAACAAGCAAGGGAUG